AUGUUCGAAUUCUUUUCACCUUACCUCAUCUCUCCCUCUUCCGUUCGCACGGGUCGGUAUUGCGAACCCUCUCGUAGGCACAGCAGCUGUCCAAGAGACGCACCCCAUGCCCCUCGGCUAAGCAGUACCCAUCUAUCAGUUUUAGCUGUGUUAUCGACUUACUUCAUCCGUCCAACGCCGCAUCUGAAACACGGACCAGCUCGAGGUGACUCCCAACAAGGGGUCGGGACCCUUCCGAGGCCCUGCUGUGUGAUUCAGAAAGCAUUGGACUUUUCUCAAGACGGAUUUCGAGAAUCCGUUGCUUCAGAGUCGUUUUUCUCUCCCGCAGCCAUCGGCUCCAACUUUUCUGCCCUUGUUAAAUUCCUGGGACUUCGCUUUGCUGGCACAUUUGACUCGGCCACUCGGUCUCGGCAUCCUUGUCUCUGCUGUGAUUCAAACUGGUGGGAUCUGACACUGUUGUCAUCCCAUGCUUUCACUAUCGCCCAUUCGCUUCGUUACCUUCUUUUCGGGACAAGAGAGGAACUGCAUGCCGUUGUUCUCCGGAUAACGCGGCACACGUCCAUUCGAUUUUCCCUUUCUUAUAUGCUUCUUAUUUUGCACACUUGUGCUGAUCAUACUGACUUCUCGUCCUCAUGUGACGUGUGA